AACUCGGACGCUAAUUCGACGCUCCCAAACACCCGCAUCGGUACUCCACUCCCAAAAGUGGAUACCCUCGAUACUACCGUUAGUGCUGACGCUUUUACCCGCGUAAACACCUCCGAACGUAAAUCUCUCCAGGAUACCAAGGUAGCGGGUGAAAAGGCCACCAUCACUACACAAGAGGCCCAGGACCCGUCCUAUCUCUUGACCGGUCGAAAACUGGCGCUAGCCCACAUUGGCUUUUUGCUGUGA